AUGGUUCACGCGCACGCGCGCGGGGAGCAGCGCGCGCAAGCAGCUGCUGCCGCGCCCAGCAGCGCGCCCAGCAGCGCGCGGGGCAGCUUGCGCCGGGUCCACAGGCUCCGACCGCGGAGAGAGCAGCGCUGCGCGCGCGCAGUGGCAGUGCGGCUGCUGCUGGUGCCGCUGGCCGCGGCGGCGCUGGUGGGCCGCGUGGCGGUGGGCGCGCGCGGCCGUGAUGACGUGGCUGCAACGCCAGGCGAUUCGCAAGGAGAUGACAUCCCUCCGGCAGGAGAUGACAUCCCUCCGGCAGGAGAUGACAUCCCUCCGGCAGGAGAUGACAUCCCUCCGGCAGGAGAUGACAUCCCUCCGGCAGGAGAUGACAUCCCUCCGGCAGGAGAUGACAUCCCUCCGGCAGGAGAUGACAUCCCUCCGGCCGGAGAUGACAUCCCUCCGGCAGGAGAUGACAUCCCUCCGGCAGGAGAUGACAUCCCUCCGGCAGGAGAUGACAUCCCUCCGGCAGGAGAUGACAUCCCUCUGGCAGGAGAUGACAUCCCUCCGGCAGGAGAUGACAUCCCUCCGGCAGGAGAUGACAUCCCUCCGGCAGCGGUGGCGAGACGACAGUCUCAGGUGCGGGCAGCACGGAUGGGGUGCGGUGUGCUCGGUGGUGCUGGGGAGCGUGGGGCGGCGGAGUCCACACCAACAACACUGCUCGACUCCCUCAAUCUCACGCGCUCGCCCAUCACAGCGCUCUUUGUGUUCGGGGACUCGCUGGUGGACGUGGGCAACAACAACUACGGCACAUACCGCUUCCUGCGCGCUGACCUGCCACCCUACGGCAUCAACUACAAGCAGGCGUCGGGGCGCUUCUCCGACGGUCGCCUGCAGAUCGACUACUUGGGUGCCCGCCUCCCCUCCCUCUUGUUGCCCCCUUCCCCAACUUCCUUCCCCUUCCCCGCUUACUGCCCCUUUUCCCCAUCCUUCACUGCUCCCCACUUCAGCGCGCUAUCUGGGGCUGCCCUCGCCGCCCCCCGUGCUGCAGCCGGGGCGCAGCGCCUCUCGCGGGCUCAACUUCGCCAGCGCGGGGGCAGGCGUGCUGGACACUACCAACCCCGGCCAGGUGGGGGCCAGGUGGGGCCAGGUGGGGGCCAGGUGGGGCCAGGUGGGGGCCAGGUGGGGCCAGGUGGGGGCCAGGUGGGGGCCAGGUGGGGGCCAGGUGGGGGCCAGGUGGGGCCAGGUGGGGGCCAGGUGGGGGCCAGGUGGGGGCCAGGUGGGGGCCAGGUGGGGGCCAGGUGGGGCCAGGUGGGGGCCAGGUGGGGGCCAGGUGGGGGCCAGGUGGGGCCAGGUGGGGAAGGUGGGGCCAGGUGGGGGCAGGUGGCGCAGAGGCAGUCCCAUGUGGAGCGCAAGUGGAGUGGAGGGGCUGGUUGGUCGGGAUCUGGGCUGGUUGGUCGGGAUCUGGGCUGGUUGGUCGGGAUCUGGGCUGGUUGGUCGGGAUCUGGGCUGGUUACCAUGUGGUGGGUGGUGGGGAAGCAUGGAGGCAGAAGGAGAGAGAGUGGAGUGGGGCGGGAAUGGGAUGCAAGCAGUGCUGGGGUGUGCUCUGCUCACCCGCACACCUCCGUGCAUGGCAAGGCACACUGGAGUGGAUCACUUGUGCUCUCUCGCUCCUUGCUUUCCUACCCCUCUCGCUCCUUGCUUUCCUACCCCUCUCGCUCCUUGCUUUCCUACCCCUCUCUGCCUCCCACAGCUCUCAUUCUACCCCUCUCUGCCUCCCACAGCUCUCAUUCUACCCCUCGCCUCUCCGCCUCACUUGCAAACACCAACCCGCCACCAACCCCACCCCCUCCUCCUCCUUCCUCGCCCCCACCCCACUGUUUUCUCGUGUGCUAUCAGACAUUCCCGCUGUCCUUCCAGCUGGGAAAGUUCCGGGAAGUGCAUGCAGCGGUGGUGGGGCAGGGCAGUGGCGAGCAGAGCAGUGGCGAGCAGAGCAGUGGCGAGCAGAGCAGUGGCGAGCAGAGCAGUGGCGAGCAGAGCAGUGGCGAGCAGAGCAGUGGCGAGCAGAGCAGUGGCGAGCAGAGCAGUGGCGAGCAGAGCAGUGGCGAGCAGAGCAGUGGCGAGCAGAGCAGUGGGAGCAACGAGUCUGCUGCCACGUCGUCAAAUGGUGGCGACGCUGGGAGUGUGGGAAGUGGCAGCAGCAGCAGCGAGGAGAGCCUGCCAGACAAGAGUGCGCGCACAGCAGCGCUGUACGUGGUGGAGAUCGGGGCGAUGGCGGCAGCGCUGUACGUGGUGCAGGUGGGGUCAAACGACUACCUCUACCUGCUAUCGCAGCUCCACAUGGGGCUCGUCCCCAACAUCUCCACCUCCCUCCCCCCCCGCAACGCCACUCGCCCUCCUCGCUUCCGCAAUGCCUCCUCACUGCCACGCCUGCCCAACAUCGCCGCCCUGCCACCGCUUCCCUUCAACUCCUCACCCUUACCAUCCGCCUCCCUACCCUCUGCCGCCUCUGCUGCUUCUGCUGCUUCUGCUGCUUCUGCUGCUUCUGCUGCUUCUGCUGCCUCUGCUGCUUCUGCUGCCUCUGCCUCCAUGGUCCCCCCAGCCUCAUCCCCCGAACGGACUGCUGGAGCAGACAACGCGUCUGACUCGACAAGACCAGCCGCCCGCCUGCGCAGGGUGGCCACACGUGGCGGGCUGCCAUUGGAGGAGGCAGUGAGCCAGCCGCCACAGUCGGUGACGGAGAGGGUGGGUGCGGUGGGGCGGUUGUCAGCGGCGCUGGGAGGCACUGUGGCUGCGUCCACCCAGGGCACCGUGGAUGCCGUGCAGGCCCUCUACAGCAUGGGCGCGCGGCGCUUCCUGGUGUACCUGCUGCCACCCAUCACGUGCGCGCCCGCUCUCAUGCAGGCGCUGGGGCAGCGCACGUGCUCCGCGUGGCCGCUGAGCGCCGUGCCGCUCGCCCACAACGCGCUGCUCGCUGCGGGGCUGCACGCGCGGCAGGCUCGCCUGCCAGGCAUCGUCAUUCUCACGGCGGACGUUGGGGGGCUUGUGGUCCGCGCUGUUGACCAGCCGGAGGCCCUGGGCUUCACCAGCGGCCCAGAGGCGUGCUGCGGUGCGCCUGCACCGCUGAACGGGUUGGUGCAGUGCGGGCGCACGGCGCUGGUGAACGGCACCCCCACGCCCUACACGCUGUGCCGCCGCCCCUCCCACCACGUCUUCUGGGACGCCUUCCACCCCUCCCAGCGCCUCAACCUCCUGCUCGCCGCCCGUGUGUGGCGUGGCGCCCAGGGCGGAUGGCGUGCUGAUGACGGGGACGAAGGGGAUGGUGGGGAUGACGGGUUGGGUGAUGAUGUGGGUGAGGAUGGUGGUAGCGGAGUUGUAAUGCGUCCUGUUGGGCUGAGAGCACUCGCAAGAUAUUUGGCCGAGAUAGAAUGA